CUAAGCCUAAGAACUCUGCCAAUGUUGUGACCGUUCAGGCCGAGACCAAGUCGGUGGUGGUGGCCACGUGCGAGGCAAUGGACGGCAAACCAGCGGCCACCAUCAAAUGGUUGGGGUCAGUUGGAGGCAACCACACCACCAACACAACCAACGGGCCAGAUGGCACAGUGACGGUUCGCAGCGAGUACCGCCUGGUUCCAACGGCAGCAGAUAACGGCAGGGAGGUGACCUGCAUGGUGGAGCAGAAGACUCAGGAGCGACCGUGGGCUCACACCGUCCAGCUCUCGGUGGAAUACCCCCCCUCUGUAUCCAUAGAAGGAUAUGACAACAACUGGUACGUCGGACGCUCAGACGCAGUGCUGCUCUGCAUGGCCAGCGGCAACCCUGUGCCCACCACCAUCACCUGGACCGCGGCGUCGGGGGCGAUGCCAGACACAGUGGAGGUGAGCGGCAACAAGUUGACGGUGAGGAAGGUGGACGACGCCGUCAACACCACUUUCAUCUGUGAGGUCAAGAACAAGCACGGGGCCAGCAGGCACCAGAUCACCACCAUCGUCAUCGGCCACAAAACUGUAGCAUCCGAUUGAGCGAAAUGCAGGAGAAAAAGAAGCAAGCAACAUGACCUCCUGCUGAACAGCUCAUGGAUGUGGGAGGAGUGGACGAAAAUCUACUGCUUUACUCUUGGCUGAAUUCGAUGAGUUUGGAUAUUAAUACCAUACCACUGCCAAAUAUAAAACACAGCAGAUGUCUUAUCACAAAACUCAAAAAAAUGCAGAAAAUCCACUGAGAUGACAAACU